CUAAAGCCACUAUGCGUCUCUGUAGCAUCGUGUACAAGUUUUUCGUAUUAUCGUAUUACUUCUCUCGUACAACCUAACAAUCGAGUUAAUAUGUAAUAGAAAUUUUUUCUACGUAGUAAAAAUAGUGGUACAUGUGACAGAAGUAAAAAAAAAAAAAAAAGAAAAAACAAUCAUAUGAUCAGAUUAUACGUCUCUAAAGGCAAAUUAAUUAAAAAGUUUUGUUAAAGAAUGUUUGAUUAUAAAAUUAUCGAAAGUAUUAAUUUAUAAGUUUUCACGUUUAUAAAGGAAAAGUUUCGAUCUUCACGGAUCGUAGUAAAAAAAAAAAAAAAAAAAAAAAAGAAAAAAAAAACUAACUCCGAUAAUUCUCGAAAUUAAGAAAAAGCACAUUUUUGCCAUAGAAUUAUCUGUCGAAAGAGUGACCGGGUUAUCGUAGUUUCUCUGUGCGUUUGGAAACGUUCAGAAAAUCUUAGGAUCAACUAUUUAUGGACGCAAAAAUAGCAGAGAUAAAUAGACAAUCGCUACAAUACAUCAUUCAAGCGUGUAUAUGAAAAUCAAUAGUGUUUAUGAGCUUCUUCUCUUUUGCCGUAAAUUUCGAGAGGCGCCACAGAUCAAAACUUUUUCUAAGCGAAUAAUAUCGAAAACGACAGUAUUUAUUUCAACAAUGAAAACAAGCAUUAUUGUUAAUCAAUUUCAAUAGACAAAUUCUCAUUUUAAAGACCAAGGUUACAUCUAGAACAUAUCUUUUUUCGAAAUAUUUUGAAAAAGCGUUUCAUUUGUGCAUAAACUAUUGUCGAAGAAUAUCACUCUUUAAGAUGAAUUUUUUCAAAGAAAAUAAAACUUUUUCAAAGAUUCGUAAAAGAUAUAUCCUAGAUUAAACUUUCGUCCUUAAAACGAGACUUUGUUUAUCGAAAAUCAUUCGAGAAUUAUUUCUCUUCUUAUUGAUGACGUAAAUCAUAAUAGAAGAAUGGGUAGUGAAUAACCUUAACGCCAUUUCUAUAAUUCAAUUGUUAGGUUAAGCGAGAAAUUUAUAUUAUCUAUCGAAACUUUUGAUACGAUAGAUCCUUAUAAAUAUAUAAAGUAUUGAUAAUAAUGUUUUCCUCGCUUAUGCCUGUAGUUCAUAUUUUGUCCAUACCUGUCGCUUUAGUCACACACGCUUCGAGCAAAAGAUAAUGAACGGUUUUAAACUUAGAUACUCGUGUUUAUUUUCGUCCUAUCUUUUCGGUUAUAUGUACUUACAUGUCCGGACGUCGUUUCAUCAGAAUACUUAUUUAUUUCUCCGUUGUCGAUGAUUAUUAGCGAUUUUAUAUUAUCUAUUAUCAUAGUGUUUAUAAUAUUAACAUCGCAUAAAUAUAAAAGAUAGAUCGUAUAAAGAUCAGAGGAAGUAUGUCGACAGAAUUCCAAAAUCUUUCUUCCGUAAGAAAUUUUAAAGCAGCUCUGGCUAUGAAACGACAUUUGGGAAAUCAAGAAAAAAGCUUUUGCACUACAAAUAAUCUAGAAGAAUCUUUAUCUAUAUUGGCAGAGGAGUUAGAAUCUUUUAAUAUUUCACCAGUGAAUGUAGAUAACAGUGGAAUUGAAUCAAUAGAAUCGCUAAAAGAAAUUUCUAUGACAUUGAUAAAUUCAUUAUGGAAGUUAAUACAUAAACAUAGGAUGUUAAUGAAGUCCCACGAUGAACUAAAUGAUACCUAUGCAAAGAUUUCAAAUGACAAUAAUAAUUUGAAGAAUCAUGUUAAACGACUCAAGGAAGAAUUGCAGAAAGGACAUACCAUGUUGGCACAAAUACGGGAAAAGGAAAGAAGACUAAAAGUACAAAAUGAUGCCAUUUUACGUGAUUUAAAACAAGAAAAAAAUGAGGUAACCAAGUUAAAGAAGCAAUCGUUAUCGAAGGACAGUCAACACGAACACGAAUUAAGAAGGAUCAUACAGAGCGGUAAUAAACUACGGGAACAGUUACAGAAAUCUGCUGGUACAUAUGUACCUAAAGAGAAAGUAAUACAAAAGGCACAGACUGAUCAUGAAAAAGAAGUAAUGUUGUAUAAACAAACGAUAUGCCGUUUAGAAGAAAAUAACAGACUGAUGUUACAAGAGAUUAAUGACUUAAAAGACUCGUUAUCGCUUCAUUCCACUGCUAUCGAUUUGCAAAUGGAAGCAUCUGGAGUUUGGACCGAUACGGAUGCAUGAAUAAAACUACAUAGAUUAAUGACGAUAUUCGCGACGAUACGAAGAUGUGGAUGAGAUUUAAGAUACGAUAAUAGAUAAAAUAACGAACCGAUCAUAUCGUACCUCUGUAAUGCACUGAUUUUUUUUCGAAAGAUUAUAUCCCGUCUAUAAAGUGCACCCUUGCGCAUAAUUUCAAAACUAAUCACAUACAUAAUGAAAUAGUUCCUAAUAACGUUGUUUCUUGUAGCAUAAAAUAUUUUUACGUAGUAAUACUGAUAUUUAUUAGAUAUUUUUAGAAUUUUGUAUAUUUCGAAUAAACUCAAUUGUUGUGUA